AUGUGCACUGGGUAUCCUCCUGCACGUAGCUCCCCGCACUUGCAGGGUGGAGCCCUAGGACCUGCUGCUGACGUGAACUUUGCUCCUGGCAAAGAUGUAGCACGGACCUGUGGUCCUGGGAACGUGCUGGCAGCAAAUGAAGCCCCUGUGGUUUCCUCUGCCCACACCAUUUACCACCUUCUUUCUGUCUGUGUUUCUUUUUCUCUUCCAGUGCCACCUUGGGCCUUAAUAGCCAUAGCCAUAGUUGCAGUCCUAUUAAUCCUUACCUGCUGCUUUUGUCUCUGUAAGAAAUGCUUGUUCAAAAAGAAGAACAAGAAGAAGGGAAAGGAGAAGGGAGGGAAGAAUGCUAUUAACAUGAAAGAUGUUAAAGAUUUAGGGAAAACCAUGAAAGAUCAGGCUCUUAAGGAUGAUGAUGCUGAGACUGGGCUGACCGAUGGGGAAGAGAAAGAAGAACCCAAAGAAGUGGAGAAACUAGGGAAAAUCCAAUAUUCGUUGGACUAUGACUUCCAGAACAAUCAGCUUCUGGUUGGGAUUAUUCAAGCAGCUGAGCUGCCUGCAUUAGACAUGGGUGGUACAUCUGAUCCCUAUGUGAAAGUUUUCCUGCUGCCUGAUAAGAAGAAAAAAUAUGAGACAAAAGUCCACAGAAAGACUCUUAACCCUGUUUUCAAUGAGCAAUUUACGUUCAAGGUGCCAUACUCCGAGCUGGGUGGAAAAACUUUAGUGAUGGCAGUUUAUGACUUUGAUCGUUUCUCCAAACACGAUAUCAUCGGAGAAUAUAAGGUUGCAAUGAACACAGUGGACUUUGGUCACGUCACUGAGGAGUGGAGGGACUUGCAAAGUGCAGAGAAGGAAGAGCAAGAAAAACUGGGUGAUAUCUGCUUCUCCCUCCGUUAUGUGCCUACUGCUGGCAAACUGACUGUCGUCAUUCUGGAGGCGAAGAACCUGAAGAAGAUGGAUGUCGGUGGACUAUCAG